AUGGAGUUGAACAAUCUGACUACAGUCACAGAGUUUUUCUUGUUAGGAUUUAGAGUCAGCCAAGAUUUAAGAAUUUCAAUGUUCUUAAUUUUCUUUGUGAUUUACUGUGGGACAAUAUGUGGGAAUCUCCUGAUCAUCACCCUGGUGUCCACCAGCAAGAACCUCCACACCCCAAUGUACUUCUUCAUCUCACACCUGUCCAUUAGUGACAUUGUGGUUACCACUGACAUUGUCCCCAACAUGCUCCACAUCCUACUAAAUAAUGGGGGAACCAUGACUUUUACUGACUGUAUUGCUCAGCUUUACUUUCUAUGUGCUUCUGAAGCAUUUGAAUGUUUCCUCCUCGCUGUGAUGUCUUAUGACAGAUAUGUGGCCAUCUGUAAUCCUCUCCGUUACACGUUUAUCAUAACAAGUGCCUCAUGUGUAAUAUUGGCAGCCAUCUGUUGGUCGUUGGGAUUUUCUGUUGUUUUAAUUUAUAUCAUUAUGAUAUCAAAACUAUUUUUUUGUGGACCCAAUAUCAUUGACCAUUUAUUCUGUGACAUUGGUCCAUUACUAGGAAUUGCCUGUUCUGAUACUUUCCUUGUACAAUUGGAUAUUUACAUUAUAGGUUUUAUAGUUGUCUUCAUUCCUACCAAAAUCAUUGUAGUGUCCUACACUUAUAUUGUUUUGCAGUUUUAA